GGUAGCUUUCUCUCUAUACUGAUAUAAGGCUAAACCAAACUUGGAAAGAUGUACUGUAGCUUUCUCUCUAUACUCUCUUCUCCUUUCUUCUCACCAGCUGCUGCUUUCGGAGCAUUCAAUAUUCAGCGCGUUUACAAACGCAUAUCAAACAAGGAAAUCGAUGCAUAUCGACGAGGUCAGAAGGUGGGCAAGAGGAUCAAGGAAGAUCAGGGGAGCAUUUAUGGUAGAAGUAAAUCCAGGGCAGGGUUACCCCUCACCGCCGCUAUUAACUGCAAAUGGAGGCGUGCCAGCUUCAUAUUGUGCCUGAUCAAAUUUGGCCAAUUGAAGCCAAAGCCACCUGAUCAGCCUCCCAGUAAUGAAUUAGGAGGAGGGAGAGGAACCCUGGAGACACCAGACAAGAAGAGAGUUAAGGAGAAGUGGGGAGAGGGAAUACAUAAAGGUCAUAAUAAGGAGGCACAGCAGAAAGGAGAUCCAAUCAUUAAUUCCUCACAAAGAGCUCACCUAAAGAAGAUCUGGGAGAUGGAUUUGCCAAUCAUUACUGCUAAGCCUACCUACACCCUGUCAACCAGGCACGAGACUCAGAAGAUCAAUAAGGAGAAGAAGGAGGCUAAACAAACCAGGACAGAGCAGCUGGGCAGGUGCCUGGGAAUAAAUACAACUAGUAAGAGGAAACCACCUAGGUAGAGGAGCACCUCCCAUAAAUGGCAAUUAAUAGG